AUGGACACUCCGCCAACAUAUGAAGAUCCACGCAAAGUGGUUCUUGGCCUAUUACAGGAAGAACAAACAGAUGAAAGCGAAGAGGAAACCAAAGAAGAUACCGAGAUGAAAUCCGAGGAAGACUGCGAAGAGGACACCGACACCGAGGACACGGAAAAUGAAGCCCCCAGCAAGGCAGAGAGAAAGAGCCCCCAGAGAGAAAGAGCAAGAAGGGCUGUGAGGAAGGUGGCCUUGAAAAAGCUCGAAACCCUGUUUGAAGAUCAGCAAGAUCAGAUAGAAAAGCAUGAAGAAGAGACACCAGCGAAUUUGCACAAAGAAGUGUGCAAAACACAGGUAUAUGCAAGAAUAAAAAACUCUAUAAAGAAAAGAAAUAAAUCUAGAAAAGUGUGGAUAACCUUAACAGAAGAAUUAUCAAAAAUUUAUCUAGAUGAAGAUGAAAAUUUAUAUUUUGAGAAUCAAUAUGUAGAAGAACUGACAGAGAGUGAUAGUGAACCCACAUCAGAUGUUCAAGGCAUAUCCACUCGAUCUCGAAAGCAAUCAGAGAAUGAUUUAGUGGUAUCAGAACACCCAGAGGAAUCUAGUCCACCAAAAAGGGAAAGACCGAAGAAAACAGACGAUGCUGAAAGUACUGGUAGACGUACACGAAGUAGAGCUGGGUCUGCAUCUUCUAUUAAAUCGGGUAAAUAUUUAAAUAUCAUUUAA